AUGACGUCACAGGUAAUUAGCACCAAACGAUCACUCGACAAACUGCUUGAUGAAGCUCUCAACAUCUUUGAAAGAUUGGGUGUCAACUGUAAACUUGUCAAGAUGGGCCCCCAAAUUGGCUGUAUGUCCACUUCACAGGGUGCCUCUACCUUCGCCUCUGACUCUCACACUCUCUGGUUCUUUCCUUGCUUGCUGUGCCGAGAUCCCCCACCCCCAAGUCGCACUUGGGAUCCUAAAAUAACAACACUCCCAGGACUGUACGUGUUUUCUGUCAUUUACCUCAAGAUUGCUGGAUUGUUUAUGGGGCAAGAUUUUUGUGACAUACAUGGUCUUCGUGUCUUUAAUGUUUUCCUCUGUCUUGCUAAUUUUAUCCUGAUUUACAGACUACAACGGCAGAUAAGCACCUUGGGGAGGUGGUGUGAUGGCAGGAAAUGUUUGGCAGAUGAGUGCAAAUGGAGGGAUCUUGCCACAGCUUUGAAUAUGUCCCUGUUUCCUGUUCUCUACUACUUUGCAUUCUUUUACUACACUGAACAGUUAUCAACUUUUACUGUGUUACUGACAUAUUCAUUGUCUCUUACUGAAUAUACCAAAGAAUCUGCCAUAAUGGCUCCAGCUCCUUUUCAGAUUGAUUGUAAAAUUCUACCAGAUUCUCCAGUGCUACUAACAGAGCACCAUCAGAAGCUUCAAGCAUAAAUUUUAUUUCAACAAUUUGGAAAAUUUUGGUGAUUUUACUCAUGGCUGUGUACCGUGAUGUUUCUUGUAUACUUUGAUCUGUGAAUUCAAACAUUUAUUAAUGAACUACUUCUUGAAUCA